GCACGUCCAGCUUACUUUAUGAAGUUGACUGUCAGCAGCUGUGUGGAGGCAUAGGUGAACGCCACUAGACGAGACUUAGUUUUGUUGACAGAGGCAUGAUCUGAAUUUUUUUGGGGGGUUAUUAGUUAAUUAAAAGCAUGUUUCAUUUUUCUUAGUUGAUAUUGUAAUAAUAAUUCAACUGAUGUUUACGAGCUUAAUGCGGAAAUGUUUGAAAGGUUUAGAGGUGAAUGGACCACAUCAUAAUCAAGGCAUUACUGUACUAUAAAGAAAUUGUGUGUGAGCAAGAGGCAGAGUUUGCCCAGACAUCCGCUCCGCCCUUACGCUGGUCAGGGUCACGGACAGGAGUUGCAACAGUUGUCCCUGUCUCCUGUAUUCCACAACGAAUGCAGAAGGAAGGCCCUGGAGAUUAUAGCCGCACGGAAAAAAGGUCCAUUGAGGCAGCUCUCAUAUAACAAAAUCCAAUAACGAUCUGUCUGCCGAUUUAUUUAUUUAUUUAUUUAUUUUUACACUGCUCUGGGGAUGCUAAACUAUAGCUUUUUACAGUGGUAACAAAAUAAAAAAAAUCAUCAUUUUGAAGUCACCAAAUGAAACUUCCAAAAUAAGACUGAAAGUUUCCAUACUGACUAACAGCUGAUCACCCGCGCAGCGUCGACUCCGGAAAAUAAAAUAAAAGUUAUCGGUGACGUUGGACAUUUUUUUUUUCGUGCAUAAACAGUUCGUAGUUAACCUAAAAGUAAGGAAAAUAACAAUCAUUUGAUUCACAUCUGGUUAAAACUUUUUAUUUGUUUGUUUGUUUUUGCCUCCAUCCUUUCCGCGGCAGACGGCCGGUGGCGCAUUCCCGAUCCCUCUACCGGUGUGUGGCGCCCAUUCUUGCACAGGUCAGGUUACGUUAGAAUAGGUAACGUUAGGUCAGGUAAGAUUUGGGUUUAUAUAUUUUCGAUAAUUUUACGGGUUAAUCUCAAUAAGAGUAUUUUCCAGAACACCCCGUGGUUAGUUUUGGAGCUAAAGCCGAGCGUCGUCAUUCGGGGACCACAUACCGUAUAGAUAGAUUGAAAUGAUGCAAAUGAGCGAUAUUACCCCUUCCCUAAUAAUCAAGACUCACCAUGCAGACACCACUACACCACUCGUUACCCACCCCCCAGACAGCACCCACCCCCCACCCCCCACGUGUGUCCCAUGCAGUUCCAGUUGUUUCUUUAUCUCCAGACUUUAUUUCACCUUCAGUUGAUGUGGUUGUGUGAUAGUAAUGCUUCCACGCAAACCUAAGGCCAACCCCUUAAUUCUCUCCCAAAGCUUUCCUCACAACUUCCUCCAUCACGGGCUUCACUGUGCUGCUACAUGGGGUCAGAGGCACGCUGAUAAGCCUGAAAAAACUUGCUGAGUCAUCCUAAGAAGGGAUAAGACACCUUACAGUCUUGCCUUUCCUUUUAAUGGAUCCAACUUAGCAGCGUUGCAACGAGUCCCUAUUCGGCCCAAUACACCCUAAUCUGCAUAUAAAUGGUGUCUCCAGGGUCCCUCAGUCCUCCGUGACAUAUAUCUGCUCCAGAUGCUAAUCUGUUACCUUUUAAUGGACGCUAUUUAUAAUCACGCCACAUUCAUGUUGUCUGUCUCCACGUCAUGCUUCCCUUCUGAUCACCCACGCAGAAUCACGCACUUGUUUAAAUGAUAUUCUUUUUUUUUAAUAUCAUUGGUGAAUAUGUAAAGGUUGGAUGCCUGCGUUAAUAAACCAUAAUGCAUCUACUACUGUCUCACGCCCUCAGUCACACGUGAUGGUGGAGUUUGGGACAAAAUUAAACUUUAUCUAUUGAGGGUAAUUACGCUUAUUGUAUUAUCACGCCACACAGUCUUUCUUCUCCAUGUAGGCACUGGCCACUGGCUCUCAGACGGCUGUUAGGGGAAGGUGUGCAUGUCUGACACAGGUGUCCUCAGCUUCAGUGGGCGACCGGCAUGGCUGUGAAGCAGUUACAUGAAUACACGAGGAGCAUCGUUUACGUGUUUGAAAAGCGCGGUUGAAGUCAGGGCGUGUGUAUAGGCAAUAUCAAAUUUACUAGCUGAAAAAAUGAAUUAGUAAUAACAAUAAAUAACAGUUAUAGUGAUGAUUAGAAUAAUAUUAGCAUACGAAAAAUAAAUAAAUAAAUACAAUAGGCUCGUCGCGUGUGUUUACGUUCAAGCUUGUGUUGUAUGUCCCGCCGUGUGCGUGUGUGCGUCCCAAGACCCUAAAACACUGAAGAAGAAGAAGAGACUAUAUUGUACUAUAACCCUAACUAGCCCCAUAAAACACCCAAGAAGUACUAUAGUCUCCUUGGUGUGUCCUGUGUGUUGGUGUGAUGGGAGAGUGUCCAGCCAUGGAGGAGGAGACGCACCCGCCCCUCAGCCCCAUGGAGCUUUUCCGCACACGGGAGAUGGUGACCGUGUGCGCGCCCAUGGUCCGCUACUCCAAGCUUGCAUUCCGUAAUCUUGUGCGGCGGUAUGGGUGUGACCUGUGCUACACGCCCAUGAUAACCAGUGACACCUUUGUGCAGGCCGUACAGGCACGCCACAGUGACUUCACCACAAAUAAAGCGGACCGGCCCCUCAUAGUCCAGUUUGCAGCGAAGGAAGGAGACGACUGGGCACGGGCGGCUGAACUGGUGGCUGCGUACAGUGACGGGGUGGACUUGAAUUGUGGGUGUCCGCAGAGAUGGGCAAUGACUGCUGGCUAUGGCUGUGCUCUGAUGCGGCACCCUGAGAGGGCGGCGGGGCUGGUGACACAAACCCGCAACGCUCUUGCUGAUGCCAACUUCACUGUGUCUGUCAAGAUGAGGGUCUUCGAAGAUACCAAACGCACAGUGGACUUUGCCCGUCAGAUGGAGGCGGCCGGAGUGUCCUUCCUUGCCAUACAUGGGCGCACACAGGAGCAGAGGAGUGAGCCUGUGAGUACCCAGGCCAUUGCUGACGUGUGCGCAUCUGUGCGUAUCCCUGUGGUGGCCAACGGGGGGGUUCGCACACUGGAGGAGGCAUGGAAGCUGAAAGAGGCAACUGGGGCAAGAGGUGUUAUGACAGCCAGAGGAAUACUGGAGAACCCUGCCAUGUAUGCAGGCUAUGCGCACACACCGGUGGAGUGUGUGCGUGAGUGGGUGCACACAGCGAUCCAGACUGGCACACCUUUCACCUGCCUGCACCACCACCUCAUCUACAUGCUGGAGCACACCUUGACGAGAGCCCAGCGCAGGUGUUUCAACAGCCUGACCAGCACCACAGCUGUGCUCACCUACCUGACCCAAAACCUUCUCAUUGAAUUGUGAAGGUGGACUGGGUGCGUCACCAUCAACCAUCCCAUCAACCAUCCCAUCAACACAACCCUCUGCUGGCUGACUGGUGUACUGAAACAUGCUGAUUGACUGGCUGACCACCACUACUACAGAGGCAGUCAACCAGGCAGUUCUGAGUGGCUCCAACAGGCUUCAGGUCACCAGGAGAUAGACAGGAAGCAAGCACGAGUCGACAUCUUACAUUCUCCCCAACUCACUCCUGUCCAAUAAUUGGACUGUCUGCAAAGCAUUUCUCCAUCCAGGCCAGUGGAGGCAGCUUGUAGGAAGGUUGACACAUCUGAUGGGAAGUACAGUACAUUGGAGGGUUGCCACACCUGGCAGGAUCUACAUUGCAGCAUACCUGAAAGAAGUAACACUGAAAUCAUCAUCCCCAUUUCUUUGGCAAGCCAUAGUGUCUCAUAGUUCAGGAACUAUGUAAUUUUGAUAAUCAAAGGUAUUUCUGUAAUGCAUUCAGUUUUCCAAGUGUCUGGAAGGUUGUUCAUUAAAUACACUGAAAGCCA